CUCCUAGUGCGUGACAAACCAACAGGCUUGUGUUUGGACAAUACGCGUUUUAUUUUUCUUUUCUGCGUGAGCUCAAAUAUCAUUUCUAGUGUCAUCUCUUCACUCUUACUGUCUCUGCUGAGUUAUUCCUUCAGGUGCUGCAGAGGAUUUUUGCACUCGAGAUGAAGUUAAAGCCAUUUUGCACUAAACAAUAGUCAACAAGUGGACAACAAGUGGAGGAAUCUUAUUUUUUAAGCAUCAUGUAUGUGAUUUGAAGAGGAAACACCUGUUGCACCUGCGGACUCGUAACUGCUGCUAACCACUGGCCUUCCUGUCUGAACUUUAUACAGAUAUUAACAAUGAAAGCUGAAUAACACGAGUUUAAACAGUUUAGGAACGAAGGUGAUUCAGUCCAGCUUUUAUUUUUGGACUAAAGAUGGAGUUGACCGGGCAAAGGGCAAAGUGUGCGGCACUUCUUUUAUUAGCUGCAGUGUGUGUGCAGGGUGACUUUGUGGAGCCUCCGCAGCCCCACACCUCCCUGCGCUCCUUCGCAGAGAGCCAGACCAGACUGCCCUGUCACUACCAGGUGGGGGAGGGGCAGAAGGUGGUGCAGGUCACCUGGCACAAGGAGCUCCCAGAUGGCAGCAAGGACCAGAUCAUCACUGCCCAUUUCAUGGAUGGCCAUACAGAGUUUGGGCGUUACUCUGGUCGGGUGAGGUUCGAGAGUGGGAGCCCCACCGUGAACUCGGCUCUGCUCAUCCCCAGCACAGAGGAGUCGGAUGAGGGCAGCUACACCUGCCAUAUCUCCACCUUCCCCAACGGAAACUUUGAGAGGCGCAUCACACUCACCGUUUGGAUUUUACCCAUCUCCUCCCUGGAGCCUGUGAUCCUGGUGGAAGGCCAGUCGUUCGGUGUGGCCGCCUCCUGUCGAGCCGUGGGCCGCCCGCCUCCCCAUCUCUCCUGGGACACCGACCUGCCAGGCCAGUCCCAGAACCGCACCAACGAGGGUGGGUCCGUGUCCAGCUACUACUCCCUCCACCCCCUGCGCAGCAUGAAUGGGAAGAAGCUGGACUGUCUGGUGUGGCAUCCCGGCCUGCAGCAGCCGCGCAGGCUCUCAAACCCUUUGGUGGUGCAGUACCCCCCAGAUGCCACCAUCUCUGCUGGUACAGGGGACUGGUUUGUGGGUCUGGAGAAAGCUGAGCUGGUCUGCAACAGCGGAGGACACCCCAAACCUCGGAAUGUCACCUGGACACGGAAAGGAGGGGCUUUGCCUGAUGGGACGUCUGUGGUUGGAGGAAAACUAAUUUUUGGGCGGGCCCUUCGCCUGAAUGACAGUGGGGUCUACGAGUGUGUGGUCAAGAACAACGUGGGAGUAGGAAAAACAGACUACAUGUUGACAGUAACAGAGACAUCUCAACGCAAGGGCGAGUCCAACAUGGACAACCUGAUGCUGAUCAUUAUUGGUGCUGCAGCUGGGACUUUGGUCCUGAUCCUGAUCAUGGUCGUCCUGCUGGUCAACCGCCACCAUCGUCGGAAAAACAAAAAGCUUGAGAUGGAGCUCAGUGAAAAAACGGAAGAAAUUCAAAGUUUCUCCAGACAAGCCUCCUUCAGGAGACUAAACUCUGUCAGCACAGACCCCAGAGUGCAGCCUGAUGAUUAUGCUCUGCUCAGAGUAGACAGCCGAAUGAAAAACAGCGAAAUCUCUCUGGAACGACCCAGCUACAAAGGGAGCCAGUCCACGCUAGGCGGGAAGUGGGGGCCACCAGGAGGGGUGGAGGUGGACGAACUGGGACGUCCUGUUGUCUGGCACGACAGCAGAGAGAGCCGCAGAGGAGUGGAGAUGGAUGGAGAGAAGGAGGAGCGCAGGAGGAGGGUGGAGUCAUACCUGAAGAGUAGCAACAUGUCACUGGACUCAGGUUUGCCCUCUUCCCUGGUUCCCCUGAAGGCCCAGCAGGACGAAGGCGUUGGACCCAGAGACCCAGAACUAGGCCACCUUAGAGAGGGAGACUCCCCACGUGGAGAGUUGGUAGCAGAGGGACACGAGGACGACGAGGACAGCAGCUCCUACCAGAUCUCGGAGGCACUCACCAAUCACUUCUACUACAGUAAUGGGAUCCUCAGGCCCAGGCCACACUCCAAUGCCAUUCUGCUGCACCCCAGAGGACAGGUCCUCUAGACCACAGACUUUUAUUCAAAACAUGACAGGAGAUAAAGCCUGCCUGCGUUGAAAAUGAUAAUCUUUUUUUAAUGGGAUGUUUGUUUUGUGCACAGUGACUGCAGUGGGUAAUUAGCCCCAAGAACAAUCAAAACUUUUAUUUUUUACCUCUAGCUUAUGAGUUUUUUGCCUUUAUCCCAACCCUUUGACAAUUGGGAAGUCUUUAAAUAUUUUUUUGGCAUUCUAUGCCUUUAAUAGACAGCCAACAGUCAAGAAACAACAGGAAGUGAGGGGAGAGAUGAUGAAUGACAUGCAGUGAACGUCCCCACCGGGCCACAGACAUUGUGGUUCACAGCCGUCAGGGUGCCCUAUCAUUAGGAGGUUUCUGAUUCUUAAUAUUUCACUCAUUCCUUGAAUGUGCAAGGAAUAAAGGUUCCUGUUACACAAUGUUUACUAUAUUAUCUGCAGACCUGAAAUACUGCAUCCACUGCUUUGGCCUGAUGAAUCCUGACUGUUAACUUAGGGUGCCUUGUUUACAUCAAAAACAUUCAGGGAGGAACAUAUGGAUAAAGACACAAUUUUCUAAGCUCCAAAUGCCUGGUGAAGUUUAAGGUUAAACUGUACAUAAAUCUUUGAUACUUUCUGCUUGGAUGCACCUGUGGAAAAGAUGUUAGUGUAUUUGUUAAUGUAUGUAUUAUAAUAUAUAUAUAAGGAAGAGCGAUAAGGAGAUUGUGUGUGUUUAUCAUUGUGCCAGUAACAGGCACCUGCAGCUACAAAAAGGUCAAAAACGCAGAGGACCUGAGCACAGACAAAGUUAACUGGUGGAUGUUCAUUAACACAUGCAGCAAACUUGUAUCCAUGACCAGAGCAUAGCAAUGAACAGAUGGGAUGAAACUUGUAGAGGAUGAACUGUAAAGCAACAUUUUGUAUUGAUGAAAAAUCAAAUGUGUGUAUGAAGUUGUAUAAAUUGUUUUAUAUUGAGUGUUUUUCUAGGAAAGUGAAAAACUGACAUGUAAAUAUUCAAACGUUUAUUCAUAAAAGUACAGCAUAUGAGUCAUUGUUUUUUAGUAUAACCUGGGACAGUUAAGUUUGUGUCACCUCAUACAUGAGGAUCAAGGGCAUCGCUGAUCUCCGCUACUGCAGUAACGUAGCACUUGUGUAAGACUUGCAUUAGAUGACCUGGUUUAUCCCUGUUCUGACUCCCUGGAUACAAGUAGAAAAAGAAGAGUGGAUUUUUACAGGGUGGCUAAAUGUACUGGGUCUGACAGGGUUAUGAGCUCAGUUAUCUUGAGAAUCUUUGUAUUAAACAAUUGGUUCUGUCAUUUCGGGUAAUUUGCUUAUUCACUUUCUUGUCGAGAGUUACAGCCUUUACAUACUCUGCAAGGACAGAGAAAUUUGUUCUCUCUCACAGGGCUCAAAGAAAAGAAUUACAUAAUUCGUUUCUUGCAGCCCUGGUUUGGGAGUUCUUGCAGCUUGUUCUUGACACAUCAUCUGGGCAAAACUUUUUUUCUUGUGUGGUGUCCAAGAACUAUUGUGAUUGGUCAGAAAUUUGAAGUGGGCGUAGUUAAUGCGGAAAAGCAUGUGUGACGUAUGCUGGAGUGGGAAGGGCCUAUGAGGACAUCCCAGGAGUGCUGCACUUGAGUUUCUCGUGAAGUAUGAAAUGUCCUGGCCAGAAAGAACUUUGUACUUGUUCUUGCCACCUCGAGAAAAAGAACAAAUUUCUCUGUUCUUGCAGAGUAUGUACAGGCUUUAGAUGAAAAGAACGAUGCCCUGUCCAUGUCCGAGAGAGGCAACUAUCUUCUCAUUUAGCUCUCUUCAAGAAAGCAAGUAAGAUCAUUUCCCAAAAUGUCAAACUAAUCCUGUAAAGGAAAACUUCAAAAUGAUCAUUUGUAUAUCAGUUAGGCUACUCACUGUGUUACCUUUAAUUCAUGAAGAAAACUUACUUUCUCAUGCAUGCCUUCACUGUGAACAUAGAAUCCAAAAAAGGCAUCAAUCUUCAUGAACUGAAGUAAACAGGGACCACGUUUAACAGCAAAAUUAAACCUAAACAUCAGUUUACAAACUCUCACACAAAUCAUGCAGUAUAAUCCAAGUCUCAUUUAUCUGGUCUGCUCAGUAUUUCCGUAACUCAAGCAUUUUUGUGAAAACAUGAUUCAAAACACAUCAGUACAGUCUCAUACACGGCUGAGUAGUGUGGGCACAUGCAUGGUGUUCAUAGGCGAAAGUGUUUUAUAUUUAUUCAGUGAAAACGCUUGUGUUUGGGAAACACUGAACAUACGACUGAAUAAAUGAGACUGAUUAAACUGCAAGAGUUGUAUGUGAGUUUGUAAAUGGCUGUUUUGGUGUGGUUUUGCUGUUGUUAAAUAUGGUCCCUGUUUACUUAAGUUGAUGAAAAGUGUUUUUUGGAUUCCUCGUGGACGCAUGCUAUAAAACAAAGUUUCUGUCGUAACACAGAGAGUAACUAAUAUACAAAUGGUCAUUUUGCGAGUGUAGUAUACUUUUACGAUGCUGCUCCACCACUCAGAGCAGACACUUGGGGUGGACACCUAAGACUGGCUACAAGAAGACCUACAUCUCUCAGCAUGCUAUGGAGCACCUGCAGGUCUGAUUAGGAAGUCUCCUAUCUGAAUCAACUGACCUGUAAACUCCAAAAUGGCAGCUCUAAUAAAAAUGAUGCAAGGUUGCGUUCUUAAAAUGCAAAGAUGAGGAGUGAGUGCUUUGUUUUCUGUCUUUGUUAGCCUUGGAUAAAUAUGACUUUCCUUUACAAAAGGAAUCUCACAAUUGACAUUAAUGAAAUGUACCUGACCACACUUAAAUUACUCCCUGUUUCAGCAGCAUUACAAAGAAAACACUCAAUUCUGUCAUGGUCAUCGUGUCAUGGCAACUGUUGAUAACACAGUCUAGGCUGCUCUAUUUGCUCAGAUUUCACUGUGAGCCUGAAAAUGGACUGUAGAUGGGAAAAUGGAACUGCUAAGGGGUAUCAGAGGGUCUACAGUCAUCAUACACACAGAGGUUUGCUUUGGGGUUUGUGUCCUCAUGUAUAACCUGUAAAAGUAAAUACUCAGCUAUGUCACUGGGGCUGAUGUCCCCAAUUUUUUUUUAAUAAAUCUCUUAACUGGCUGGGUUUACAAACAGCACAUAAAUACCAAAAUUAGUUCUUACAGUCCAAGCUAUGUCAAACUUAGAAUUUACCCCCCCCCCUCAAAAAA